AUGACGCACCAACCUUCGCCUAUCAUAGUCAAUGGCUCAGGAAGAAUUGACAUCAUCACAAAUGGGCAGAAGCAUGCGGAUGGAUCACUUCGAAUUGAGAGGGUGUUUCCAAUCCGUAUCGAAACAGAGUCAGUUCUUGAUACGAAGCCCAAUGACUAUGGUGUUGCGAAAUCUCAUGAAGUGCCAGAUGAUACAGGUUCGGCAAAUGUUCCGGUUGAAGUACCUGAGACUGAAGGUGGAAUUAAUCAAAGGCACCCAAAAGUAGUUUUGGCAGAAUCCUGCCAGCCAUCAUCGCAGUCUCAACACACUUUCAUUACAACGUCAACCCAUCAUUUGAUCUCUGACAGUAAACCCACUCCCAACUAUGCUAUUAAUGAGAUUGUUCGUCGUUGUGAAGACGAACCCAUUCAAAUUCCUGGAUCCAUUCAAAGCUUUGGGGCAUUAUUAGCUAUUGAGGAAAAGGACGAUGGCCGUUUCUUGGUCCGGAUUGCAAGUGAGAAUGCAGAAAGUAUUAUUGGCCGCAAGCCUGAAGAUCUUUUCGCACUACCAUGCUUCACUCAAUUGCUAACUCCAGUGUACGAAUUGGACUUUAGAGCCAGAAUUGAAUCCAGAAAGCUCUGGCAUCAAAAAGAACAUCUUAAAGCACAUCCAGAUAUUUUUACCACGAUGCUGGAGUCAAUUCCUUAUAUCCCUAUGUAUUGUGCUUUACACUUCCGUGAGGAUGCGGGCUUGUUCAUAUGCGAGUUUGAGGCGAAGAAUAAUUUGAUGACUGACGUCCCUCCGGAGAACUGGAACCUGCCUGGAGAACAGGUCAAUAUUAUCGAUAACCAAGCUACAGAGGAGGAGCGAGUUGUAUCAACCACAAAAUAUAGUGAGCCGUUUCGCACGAUACAGAGGACCAAGAACAGGCUCGGCGAGAUGGAAAUGUUUCAUCUCGGCUGUGAGGUUCAGGAGCAGCUGAAUUCAGCUACCUCUAUAGCAUCUCUACUCGACAUAGUUGUUGGUCUUGUCUUUGAUCUGACCGGAUUUCACAGGGUCAUGGCUUAUCAGUUUGAUGAAGAUAAUGCAGGGUUGGUUAGAGCAGAGUACAUUGAUGAGAGAGCAUCAUUGGAUCUCUACCGUGGCCUCAAGUUUCCGAAUACCGACAUACCAAUUCAGGCUCGGCAGCUUUAUGCACUUAACAAGAUAAGAUUACUCUAUGAUCGAACGGAAAAGACAGCCAGACUUAUGUCUUCAACUGGAAAAUAUAAUCCCAAAAACCUCAAUCUUUCAUCAGCAUAUUUAAGGGCCAUGUCACCCGUUCACAUCAAAUAUCUGACAAACAUGGGUGUACGGGCUUCAUUCUCCAUCUCUUUGAUAGUAGAAGGUCGAUUAUGGGGUUUGAUCUCAUGUCAUGAUUAUGGCCUAGAAGGAAAGAGGGUUUCGUUCCCAAUGAGGGAGCUCUGCCGAAGUUUAGGAGACUGUACAAGCAACAACAUUGAGAAAUUAACCUAUCUCUCUCGGAUACAAGCACGACGACAUCUCGGAAAAGCGCCUCCUAAAACUUCGCCAUCACAAUAUGUCGCUGCUUCAUCCAGAGAUUUAUUGCAAAUGUUUGAAGCAGAUUUUGGGUUCUUGGCCAUUAAAGACGAGGCAAGAACAAUUGGGCGUUUGUACGCCUACAAUGAAAGUAUUUCUCUACUUCAGUAUAUCCGCAAGAAGUCGCAUACGUCUGUCUUCUACACUCAGAAUAUCUCUGCGGACUGUACAGAUAUCAUGUUUCCUGCGCAUUUUGUUUUGAUCUCAGGAUUCCUGGUGAUUCCAUUGUCUCUGUCAGGAUCAGACUUUUUGGUAUUUUUUCGUAAGGGUCAGCUAAAAGAGGUCAAGUGGGCUGGAAAUCCAAAUGAGAAAAUAUAUAAGCCUGGUACAGAGUAUCUUGAGCCAAGGGCAAGUUUCAAGAGAUGGAGUCAGCGUGUUAUAGGCACUAGUCGGGAAUGGACACGAGAACAAGUCGAGUCUGCAGGUGUUCUAAGUGCAUUAUAUGGAAGAUUCAUUGAGGUCUGGAGGCAAAAAGAAGCUAUUGUGCAACAAAACCGAAUGACACGAUUGUUGAUUCGACAAGCUGGAGCUGAAGUUCGAAACCCUUUGAAUGCUAUAAUUGGGUAUCUCGAAAUAGCACUCGAGGAAGUUCUCGACGACCAAGCCCGUCUACACCUAGAGAAGUCUUUAGGUGCAUCAAGAUCUCUUAUCCUUGUUGUGAAUGAUCUUCUCAGCUUGACAGAGGCGGAAGGAGAAGAUCCUGAAAUGUCGCAUGAUAAUGUUGUUUUAGCAGAAAUGAUGAACGAUGUCAUCCAUGAUUUUGGUGAUGAGUGUCAAAAGAAGAGUCUCAAUGUCAGGUUCGCCGAAAGUACUGACAUUCCUCCCGUGGUAAAAUGUGAUGGCGUGCGUUUGAGACAGAUGAUUACUAAUUUACUGUCAAACACUGUGAAGCAUUCAACUGCUGGCGAUGUGGUUGUUGGACUGAAAAAUGUUGAAUCUGAUGAUGAUAAGACUCGAGUCGAGAUGUUCUUUACUGACAAUGGUUCUGGAUUUACUGAGCCAGAACUCGACGGCAUAUUCCAAGACUUCGAGAAAGUCCUCGACGACGAUGACGAUGUAGACGAACCGCCAUGUCUCAACGGAGAAAAAUCCUCCAUCGGUCUCGGUCUCGCCGUCGCAGCACGAUUCGUCCGACUUAACGACGGCAAAAUAGUAAUCAACACCGAGCCUGGGCAUGGAACCACCGUCACAGUUUCAAUCCCGUUCCGCAAAUCCCAGAGUGGACAUCACUUCACUGCCAGAACACCACAAGAAGAUGCUCCCGCUCCCUCCACCAGUACCAAGACUCCAGAUUCCGAAAAUGACCUCCAAUACAACACCCCCGAAAGAUUCCAAGUCCCUCCUUCCACCCCCCUCAAAGACCCCUUCCUCACCUCCACAACCAAAAUCAUCGAAUCCCCCACAUCAAUACCUACACCCAGCACCUGUCCGCACUCCUCUCCCUCUCCAUCUCCCUCUCAAUCCCUCUCCGCCAAAUCCGUAACCACCAAUCCCAAUUACCAACUGCAAUAUCCCUUCCCCAUCAUGGAUUUGCCUUCCCAACCCGAGAUCCGCAAUCUCAAUGUCCUCGUCGCAGAAGAUAAUCCGCUGAAUAGUCGACUGUUGGAAGAACGGCUCAGGAAAAGAGGACAUGUGGUUACGGUGAAGAUUAAUGGGCAAGCAUGUGCGGAAGCCGUGAUGGCUACACCGGAUGGUUUUGAUAUUGUUUUGAUGGAUAUACAGAUGCCCAUCCUCAACGGUUUCUCCUCCACAACCCUGAUCCGCUCCUUCCUAACCAGCACUCUCCCCCUCCCCCCCACCUCCCCCCGCGCAUCACUCUACGGCCGACUCCCCAUCAUCGCCGUCUCGGCUUCUCUCGAAGAAUCAAAAAGAGAUGAGUAUAUCGACCGUGGUUUUGACGGCUGGAUCCUCAAACCGAUUGAUUUUCGGAUGUUGGAGGAGCUGCUGGCGAGUGUGGAGGAUGAGGGGAGAAGAGAAGGGUUGCUGUAUGGGAGAGAGGGGGUGAAGUGGAGAAAAGGGGGGUGGUUGAGAUUGAGGGGGUGA